AUGGCGUUGCCUAUGAUAUUAGUACUGUUGUUGGUCGUCGUGGUGGUGGACGUGGCCCCGGACGUGGAGCCAGUCGCGGCAAGUCACGAGCCGGUGGGAAGCAAGGCCGAGGUGAUCGUGGCGGGGACAGAGUCGGCGGGGACGACCACGCAGGCGCAGCUGGUGGAGAGCAGCGCAGUGGAGCAUGUGACGCUGGGUGUUAUUCAGAAGGGAAUUGACAAGUACGCUGCUGUCACGCGUCAAAGGCGUAAUCCGGACUGGCAGAUACUAAUUGCUCCCGGUGCGGAAAACGAAAUCGAGGUGGAUGACGCAUCUGAGCUUAUCGAGAACGAGGUGUUUGAAGAAUUUGACCCAGCGAGUUUUUGCCGACCAGCCUGGAGGAGGUGA